UCUGAACAAUUUUCAGUCGACGUAACCUUGAAAUCAAGACACCGUCUCCCCUCGCCUCAUUUCCACCUCCUUAUAUACCCCUCCCCAUUCCACCUGUGAAAAACUUCUUAGACUCUCUCCUCUUUAGAAUACUGCAGCCUGAUUAACAACAAUCUUCUUGAUUGAUCAGAGUAUUUUGCUACUGGUGUUUAUCUCUUUGUGCAAAAACACUACUAGUUUCUGGGGUUGAUAUUUAUGGACAAAGGAUGGGGCGUAACCGUAGAUAAUUCUGACAAAAUAGGAUUUUUUGGAAAUAAGCCGGUUUUUGGAUUCAAUUUGAGUCCUAGGUUGAAUCCUAGCAAGGGUAGUCUGAGUAUGUUUCCGGCCGCCGAGUUUUUGGCCAAUCAGAACCGCCGGGAAGACUCGCACGCUGCUGCUUCGUCCGAUGGUGAGAAGAGGGUUGUUGUUGGCGAAGUUGACUUCUUUUCGGACAAGAAGAAGGCUAAUGAUAUCCUGAUCAAGAAAGAAGAUUGUCAUGGUGAAGACAAGAUGAAGACUAACAUGGACGUUGUAAAUACGGGCCUCCAACUUGUUAUCGCGAACACUGGAAGUGAUCAAUCCACGGUGGAUGAUGGAGUUUCAUCAGAUAUUGAAGAUAAAAGGGCUAAGCUUGAGCUGGCUCAGCUUCAAGUGGAGCUUGAAGGAAUGAAUGCUGAAAAUCGAAGGUUGAGAGAGAUGCUAAGUCAGGUUAGCAACAAUUACACUGCCCUGCAAAUGCACCUCAUGACAUUGACGCACCAGCAACAACAGAAUGCCAAACCCCAAACCACACAAGACCAUGAGAUUGGAGAAAGGAAAUCUGAAGAAAAUAAACCUGAAAAUGGAGGAGUUGUAGUUCCAAGACAAUUCUUGGACUUAGGCCCUAGUGGCACAGCCGAGAUGGACGAGCCAACCAAUUCUUCGUCUGAGGAGAGAACCCUUUCCGGAUCACCCCACAAUAAUAUGGAACUGUCUAGGAAUAAAGGAGUUGGUAGGGAAGAAAGCCCCGAGUCACAAGGCUGGGCUCCCAACAAAGUUGCCAAACUAAACGCAUCAUCGAAGACUGUUGAUCAUGCUCAAGCCGAAGCUACCAUGAGGAAAGCUCGUGUUUCUGUUCGAGCCCGAUCAGAAGCUCCCAUGAUUACUGAUGGAUGCCAAUGGCGAAAAUAUGGACAAAAGAUGGCCAAAGGAAAUCCGUGUCCGCGUGCUUACUACCGGUGCACCAUGGCUGUUGGUUGUCCAGUGCGCAAACAGGUUCAGAGGUGUGCUGAGGACCGAACUGUCCUAAUAACAACAUACGAAGGUACUCACAACCAUCCGCUUCCUCCGGCCGCCAUGGCGAUGGCUUCGACGACGUCUGCAGCCGCGAAUAUGCUACUUUCGGGCUCCAUGUCAAGUGCCGAUGGACUGAUGAAUCCCAACUUUCUAGCAAGAACCAUUCUACCUUGCUCAUCUAACAUGGCAACAAUUUCAGCCUCGGCUCCAUUUCCAACAGUCACACUAGACCUUACUCAAACUCCAAAUCCAUUACAAUUCCAAAGACAACCCUCCACCCCAUUUCAGCUUCCUUUUGGAACCCCUCCCCAGAACUUUCCUCCGGUGGCUAACCCACAAAUGCAUCAGGUUUUUGGCCAAGCAUUGUACAAUCAAUCGAAGUUUUCUGGUCUCCAAGUGUCCCAGGACAUUGAAGCUGCAGCAGCAGCAGCACAAAUGCAAAACCAAGGGCAACAUCCACAGGUGCAACAAGGACAGCACCACCCAUCAUUCGCUGACACGCUUAGCGCUGCCACGGCCGCGAUCACAGCUGAUCCCAACUUCACCGCGGCCCUUGCAGCUGCUAUCAGUUCUAUCAUUGGUGGUUCUCAUCCCAGCAGCAGCAACAAUAGUAAUCCAACCGCAUCAACACCGCCAACUGCCAAUUUUCCUGGGAAUUAAUUUCAAGAGCUUCCAUUUUCUUGCUUUUUUUUUUUGUGGAGAUAUUUGAUGUUAAUUAAUUUUGUCUAAUCUUUCUUUUUCCUUUUUUUCCCUCACAUGUAUUUUGGCUGAACAUAGUUAACAUGUUCAUAUUUUUUAGUUUUUUUAGGUCGGGCCUGCAGAGGAAAAUGUUGGAACAUAAAAAAAAAAAUUCUUCAUUUA